CGGACGGCGCGGGCGGGCCGGCCGGGCUGUGCACCUGCGCCUCUGCGGGCUGCCUGGGGCAUCGGCCCGGGCCCCGGCCCGCCCGGCCCCACCAUGGCCAGGCCGCAGAGAACUCCGGCACGCAGUCCCGACAGCAUCGUCGAGGUGAAGAGCAAAUUUGACGCCGAGUUCCGACGCUUCGCGCUUCCCCGAGCUUCGGUGAGUGGCUUCCAAGAGUUCUCGCGGUUGCUGCGUUCAGUGCACCAGAUCCCAGGCUUGGACGUGCUGCUUGGCUAUACAGAUGCUCACGGUGACUUGCUGCCCCUCACCAACGACGACAGCUUGCAUCGGGCCCUGGCCAGCGGGCCCCCGCCGCUGCGCCUACUAGUGCAGAAGCGGGCAGAAGCAGACUCCAGUGGCCUGGCUUUUACCUCCAACUCUCUGCAGCGGCGCAAGAAAGGGCUCCUGCUGAGACCAGUGGCACCCCUGCGCACCCGGCCACCCUUGCUAAUCAGCUUGCCCCAAGAUUUCCGCCAGGUCUCCUCAGUCAUAGAUGUGGACCUACUGCCUGAGACCCACCGACGUGUAAGGCUACACAAGCAUGGUUCAGACCGCCCCCUGGGCUUCUACAUCAGAGAUGGCAUGAGCAUGCGUGUGGCUCCCCAGGGCCUGGAGCGGGUGCCAGGCAUCUUCAUCUCCCGCCUGGUACGGGGGGGCCUGGCUGAGAGUACAGGUCUGUUGGCAGUUAGUGAUGAGAUUCUUGAGGUGAAUGGCAUUGAGGUGGCUGGGAAGACCUUGGACCAAGUGACAGACAUGAUGGUCGCCAACAGCCAUAACCUCAUUGUCACUGUCAAGCCUGCCAACCAGCGCAAUAACGUGGUGCGAGGGGCAUCUGGACGUCUGACAGGGCCUCCCACAACAGGACCUGGGUCUGCUGAGCCUGACAGUGAUGAUGACAGCAGAGACCUGCUCACUGAAAACCGUCACCCUCCCUGUUCCAACGGGCUGUCUCAGGGGACCCCAUGCUGGGACCUGCAACCUGGCUGCCUACUUCCUGGUGCUGGCAGCUCUCUGCCCUCCUUGCAUGGCCAGGAACAGGCCAGCUCCAGCUGGGGGAAUGGCAUUCGAGGAGAUGGUAGUGGCUUCAGCCUCUGACAGGCAAAAACGCACCCCCUUGCCACUUUAGGUUGGCUGACACAGCAGGGACUUCCCAGUGGUGGUGAUGGUAGGGGGAGGUUAGCUUGCUCACAGGGCCCUCUUAGCCUAGAGAACAUUAAAUGUUUUCUACAAAUGCAG